CGACCCGGAUCAGACUAGGGCUUACCUCACGUAACACACUAGACUAGGGCAUCUCGUUUUCCCACCAGCCCUUCCACUCUGACUCGAUAGUCCACGAGAUACUAUAUAAACAUCUCUGUGAUUACACCAAUAAAUAAAUGUGUGUGCUUUUGUGCUAUCUACGUACGUGUGUUUAUGUUCUGGGAUUUAAAAAAAACUGACCACUCCGCAUGGAUAUUAAGCCCAUUAUAAAAUCGAAUUGAGGGCGCAUUUUGGACACGCUUGAUGAACAGGUAAAGCAAUCAAUCACGUCUGUUGAAAGGGGCAAUGUGAUCGAUGAACCACUCAGCUGAGACCAGCCAGCUCCAUGUUGUGAAAUCUGAUCAUUUAACCACCGGUUACAGCUCCCACUUGUGGCCGCUCAACCAAAUGAGAAGUAGGCGGCUCAACAACAACCUUAUUUAAUACACGGAUGUGCUGCUCACCAUGAUACAGCUCAAGAUAAAUGCUGCCUUUGGUAUCAUCCUUAUCAUUAGCAUUCUUCACCAAGCACUUACAGGCAUCUGUCCAUGUCAUAGUUGGAAACCUGAAUUUGAAGCAAAGAAAUUUAACUGCCAAGAUAGGAACUGGAAUAUUUCAAUAAGACCAUUUCGACCAGAAGACGCUAGGCUUUGUAUUGGCACUAAAAAUGCAUUUUCUAAGAAGCUUGAAAAAUGUGACGAGCCAUGGAGACUAGAUCCCAUACCACCAGAUACUGAAACGCUUUUUAUGAAGAUACUAUGUUAUGGCUAUGGUGAUGAAGAGCUUUGUCAAUCAAAGGAAUAUAAAUUAGACUUAGCAGAGUUACAGGAGCGCAAUCAUUGUCCCAGUGUUGCUAGCACGACCCAGUCACCAUACCAUCCAACUGUUCCUAUUACUUCUGAACCAGUACACAAUCAAAACCUUUCUACUUAUGUUAUCGUUAUCUCCUUGGGCAUAAUCCUAUUAGUCAUUAUUUUUGGAGUACUUAUUCUUCAAUAUACAAAAAAAAGGAAAGAGUUUGCAGUUCAGUCAAGUUCCGAUUCAUCUACUGAAAAUCAAGAACAAAGCAUGUCUUCAACGAACCAUAACCAGGACGAAGACUCACUCUGCCCUGAAGACUUUCCUGUCUCAACAAACCAUAACCAGGACGAAGACUCACUCUGCCGUGAAGACUUUCCUGUUUCAACGAACUAUAACUCAGAAGAAGACUCACUCUGCCCUGAAGACUUUCCUGCCUCGUUAACAAAAUGCUGGUCUUGUAUUACUGUUGAAGUUGGCACUAUAGAAUCUGAAGGGCAGAGUCUGAUGACUAAUGUGACACAGCCUCAUACUGAGGGGAAGAAAUCUCAUGAGACAGAUUCGUUGAUUGCAGAGUGCAACACAUUGCGGAGCUGUAAUAUUAAACCUUCAACUAUUACCCGGUUACUCGAACCUGUUCCUUACACUGACUCCGGAUAUGAACAUUCUGAAAAUCAAUCAUACGAAUUGCAAGUGUUUGCUAGCCAGUGUGACUCAGGAUUAGGUCAUUCACUACCACCUCGCACUGACUUUUCCCCCAGAGGAUUUACGUCGAGUAGAUAUAGUGACUCGGGACAAUAUUCAAUAUCACCAACCAUUGAUUACUUGCCCCGGGUACUGAAGCAAUGUUGCCUGUGUGACUCAGGACUAGGUCAUUCACUACCACCUCGCACUGACUUUUCCCCCCGAGGAUUUACGUCGAGUAGAUAUAGUGACUCGGGACAAUAUUCAACAUCACCAAGCAUUGAUUACUUGCCCCGGGGACCGAAGCAAUGUAGACUAGGUCACUCAAUAUCUCCUAGCCUUAAAUACUUGUCCCUAGGACCUAUGCGAUAUAGACAUGGUGAAUCAGGAACAAGCUGUCCUGUAUCUUGUCUAAAUGACAUGCCAGAUGGGUGUGCGUCGAGGCAUGAACAUUUACUAGGCAAUGUGCAGGAGAAUGUGCCUCCAUACCUUGCCAUGGCCCACAAUUUCGACAAAUCCCUGUCUGAACUACAACAACUAGGCGCUCAUCUACAACUACCGAUCCUUGAAAUUCCUAAAAAAGAACUUCCGGGUCCUAUGAUUCCUAUACCAGAUAAUAUUUAAUUGAAAAUGUCUGAAGCAAGAAAUAUUUUGAUUGAUUGUGGAAACAAACUAAAAUUCUUAUCACAUUAAAGUGUCAGAUUUUAUUUCAACCUUCCUUUCUUUGGUUGUACCUCACCUAAAACCUGGCAAUGGUAAUAAUCACUGGUUUUAGAUCAAGAUCUACAAAUACAUAUAUUUUGUUUCUUUUAAAUACAUGAAUUUCCUAUAUUUUCUUCGAUAACUAAAAAAACACAAAACAAUUUGAAGCAAUAAUGACUGAAGCACGGCGUUUUCCUCAAACGUUACUUUGCAGUUAGGCUAAGAAAAAAAAAAAGUCGACAUCUGUCCUGAAAAGAUCUAUAAUUGUUUAUAAAAAGAGCACUUCGACAAUACAAGCUAACAAUGUAACAGAACCGAUGAGUUCAGUGUCUAUACUAGUGGCUGUUGAACAAGAAAACAGUUCCACGAUGCAGAUUAACCAUGUUGUAUGGCCGGUGAGUCCAGAGUAUAUCGGUCUAUAUACUAUGUGAUAACAGCGACCUAACCGUGAAUCUGGGCCAGUGAGUUCAUCGCAGUCUAACAACAACGUGUCAGAAAAUUGUUUAAAACAACUAGCUUAGCAGCGGAUUUGGUCUAAAAGAAUUUAGUUCGUAACAGAGGUGCCCACGGAAACGCUUUAAAAGACAAGCUUAGGCGCCAACUAGCUUUCUUCUUCUUCUUGAAACUGUCAGGUAGAGCUGAGCCUUCGGCUCUUGGAACUCCAGGCCAGCAAAAGUGAACAAGAGCUCCCUUUCACCGGCCUGAAUGAGAACUGUCUGGCGGGGUGUCAGACUCGCUGCCAGAGACCGCGUGCACAGGGAUCCCUGCCAUUUUCCUUUUCUAUACCAGGCUAACCGUGCAGGACACGCAUUUAUGUAACGGCCCCUUGAGGAACGGCACCUGGAUUGUGACAAGGUUGUGGGAGCUUUUUUACAACUCCGCACAGUGCAAUGAGGAUGCUCUCGCACCCCCUUAUUCACCCCCACGGGAGUCUUGUUUUGCUACCCUUUAGCCUAAUCGUUUCCUCCUACGAUCGUAGCUUUAACUGACAUAGAAGGGAGCACUGGUUGCAGGCAGCUUCCGAACGAGACAGCUUGAAAUCACUUACAAAGGCCGCGGGCUACUUAUGUGAGACUAAAAAAAAAUCCUCUGCAGAGGACAGACGUAAACGGCAAAAUGAAAAUCUAAAUCGACCACCGACGGAUAAUGGUUAUAUCUGCGCUGGAUGUGGCAAAGUAUGUAGGUUGCAGCUGGGGCUUCGUAGCCACGGAAGAUACUGCAUUCCUCAUUAAUCUUCAGACUCGAGGACAAGCCUUAUCCUUAUGUAUAUGUUGAUUAAUUACUGUACAUAAAAAAAGUUAUUUCCUUUGUGUUCAAUCCAGCCUUUAUAGAGUUGGUUAUUUGAGAUUAACUUUUCAACUGCCAUUCAUUAACUGUGUUUAGCCAUUUUGUCUUUACCUUACGCGUCAGCAAUCACCAUGACAACGUUCACACUAUUCAUAAUGUAUUCCACAUUUCCUGUCACGGUAACACACGCUGCACUGAGUAUUUCGUGCAAUCAAAUGAAGCAAACGAAGAGAUGUAUGGAAAAGACGCGGCGAGGACUCGCGGAUAAGAUUCAUCAAUGAAUUCCUCUGUGCAUGUGGAUACUGUAGGAAGCUCUGACAUUAUGUUGCCUGUACAUAGCCUAAAUGAUUUUAACACAUUAUCAACUGGUUUAAGCUUGAUUUUGUGAAAUACAAUCAAUGCACUUAUCUUUUUUUUUCUUUUAUAUCAUAUAUCACUAUAGGCUGAGUCUUAGGCCCUGCUACCUGCUUAUAAAUACUUUCCUAAUGCACUCUUUUUGUUCUUUGACUCAAAGCCUUUUUAAAGAAUUAUUUAAGCUUCAUCGCUAGCAUGGCAGGAGUUAUCUUCCCGUUACCCCUCCCAGCCCGAAAAAACAACAACUUUAUAUUGUUUUGCCAGAUUUCGUUACAGUUUGAGCUAACUACCAUUUAAAAAAAAACACCUGCUUAAACAUUUCACUCACAGCUCACUAUGUUGCUUACAUAAAGAAAUAUAUAGUUAGAUGUAAUCGCUAUAAAAAUUAUCCUUAUGCAAUAAAACAUUUUGGCAGCUCA